AUGCCGCGCCAUAGCUGCAGUUCUGACUCGGCGAUCCUUCACCUGCGGACUGUACUGAUACUCUCCUCCUACAGAUCCGUGCCGACGCAGGAUCAGGUCCUCGUCCCUGAGACGCUGUUGAAGAAGAGAAAGAGCCAGGAGAAGGCCCGAGAGCAGCGUCUUGCCGAGCUCGAGAAGAAAAAGAAGGCAAACAAGGAGAAGCGUGCUGUCAUCUUCAAGCGUGCGGAGACCUAUGUCAAGGAGUACCGCGAUGCCGAGCGUGAAAAGAUCAGACUCGCUCGCGUGAGCAGACAACAGGGUACCUUCUUCGUUGACGAGCAACCUAAAUUGGUUUUCGUGAUCAGAAUCAAGGGUAUCAACAAGAUUGCUCCCAAGCCUCGCAAGAUCCUCCAACUCCUUCGACUCCUCCAAAUCAACAAUGGUGUCUUCAUCAAGUUGACCAAGGCUACCCAAGAGAUGCUCACAAUCGUCAGCCCAUACAUUGCUUACGGCUAUCCCAACCUCAAGUCUGUGCGUGAGCUCGUCUACAAGCGUGGAUACGGCAAGAUCGACAAGCAGCGCAUCGCUCUCACCGACAACCAGUUGAUCGAGGACAACCUGGGCAAAUAUGGCAUCGUAUGUGUUGAAGAUCUGAUUCACGAGAUCUUCACUGUCGGACCCAACUUCAAGCAAGCCAGCAACUUUUUGUGGCCUUUCAAGCUCUCCAACCCCAACGGUGGCUUCCGCACCCGGAAGUUCAAGCACUACAUCGAAGGUGGUGACACCGGUAACCGGGAGGAUAACAUCAAUGCCCUCAUCCGACAGAUGAACUAG